UAGAGCUACAGAGACCAGAGGGAGCGCAGUGUUAUACUUUAACUAGAGUGUAAAGAAGACUCUUAUGCAAUCAGUUAUCUGGUACUUUCUCCCUCGGGGAGUCUUGUUGCUCAGCAAGCCACUGUUGGGAUGAAGCUUUAUGGCCUUGGAGUCCUGGUAGCCAUCCUCCUCUGUGAGCAGCAUGGCCUGGCCUUUCAGAGCGGCCAGGUUUUAUCUGCUCUUCCCAGAACCUCUAGGCAAGUUCAAGUUCUUCAGAAUCUUACAGCAACCUAUGAGGUCGUUCUCUGGCAGCCGGUGACAGCUGAAUUCAUCGAAAAGAAAAAGGACGUUCAUUUUUUUGUGAAUGCAUCUGACGUCAACAGCGUUAAAGCCCAUUUGAAUGUGAGCAGGAUUCCAUUUAGCGUCCUGAUGAAAGAUGUGGAGGAUCUAAUCCGGCAGCAGAUUUCCAACGACACAGUCAGCCCCCGGGCCUCCUCCUCUUACUACGAACAGUAUCACUCGCUGGGUGAGAUCUAUUCCUGGAUAGACGUUAUAACCGAACGGUAUCCUGACAUGCUCCAGAAAAUCUACAUUGGCUCAUCAUAUGAAAAGCACCCACUCUAUGUUUUAAAGGUUUCAGGAAGGAUGCCAAGAGCAAAAAAUGCCAUAUGGAUUGACUGUGGAAUCCAUGCCAGAGAGUGGAUCUCACCUGCUUUCUGCCUGUGGUUCAUAGGCUAUGUAACCCAGUUCUACGGGAAGGAAAAGCUGUAUACCAGUCUUCUGAGGCACGUGGAUUUCUACAUUAUGCCAGUGAUGAACGUGGACGGCUAUGACUACACAUGGAAAACGAACCGAAUGUGGAGAAAGAACCGUUCUGUCCACAAGAACAACCAAUGUGUGGGCACAGACCUGAACAGGAACUUCGCUUCCAAACACUGGUGUGAGGAAGGAGCCUCAAGCUUCUCCUGCUCGGAAACCUACUGCGGACUUCAUCCCGAGUCGGAGCCGGAGGUGAAGGCGGUAGCUGACUUCCUGAGAAGGAAUAUCAACCACAUCAAAGCUUACAUCAGCAUGCACUCUUACUCCCAACAAAUACUGUUUCCCUACUCCUAUAACAGAAGCAGAAGCAGGGACCAUGAGGAGCUGUCGCUAGUGGCCAGCGAAGCAGCUCACGCCAUUGAAAGUAUUAAUAGAAACACCAGGUAUACGUAUGGCAGUGGCUCAGAAAGUCUAUGUGUCAGACCCCCUGGAGCUGGAGUUACAGACAGUUGUGAGCUGUCAUGUGGAUGCUGGGAAUUGAACCUGAGUCCUCUGGAAGAGCGGCCAGAGCUUUUAACCCCUAAGAAGUCUCUCCAGCCCCUGCACUAAACUGUUAUUGGCACUUACUGCUCCUUGACCUAGCUCCUGGAGGUUCUGAUGAUUGGAUCUAUGAUUUGGGCAUCAAAUACUCAUUUACUAUUGAACUUCGAGAUAAAGGCAGAUAUGGAUUCUUGCUGCCUGAGAGAUACAUCAAACCCACUUGUGCAGAAGCUCUGGCAGCAGUCUCCAAAAUAGCUUGGCAUGUCAUCAGGAACGUUUAAUGUCCUUGCCUCUGCUCUGCGUGGUUUUAUUUUAUAUCAAAUUGUUGAACUAGCCUCUCAGUUUAAACAGGUACCUUUGUUUUGUCAAAGAAUAAAAAUACAUAGCACUUUGAUCUUAAG